GUUCGGCAACAACCAUAACGGCGUCGUUUUUUCAGUUUCAUUAGAAGUCAAAACACAUAGCUCAUUUUGGAUGGUACUGUAAUGGCGACUGCUAGGAUUGUAUCCCUAAAAGCCCUCGUACAUGGAGUUUCAGUUUCACGAUGGACUCCGCUAUCACGAGUCCUCCGGCUCCGUUCUCGUCCUCUAUACUCCGCUGUGCGAGAUUAUUCCGCCGCCAUUUCGCCGCCUUCGAAGGCCGUUGUCUACGAUCAACACGGCUCUCCUGAUGUUGUCACUAGAGUGACGGAGCUUCCGCCGGUGGAAAUUAAUGACAAUGAUGUGUGCGUUAGAAUGCUUGCGGCUCCGAUCAAUCCUUCUGAUAUUAAUAGAAUUGAAGGAGUUUAUCCUGUCCGACCGCCGCUGCCUGCAGUUGGGGGAUAUGAAGGUGUUGGAGAAGUACAUGCCAUUGGUUCUGCAGUUAAGGGUCUUUCCCCGGGAGAUUGGGUUAUCCCUUCCCCACCUUCUUCAGGGACAUGGCAGACCUACGUCGUUAAAGAACAAAGUGUGUGGCAGAAAGUUGAUAAAAGCACCCCAAUGGAGUAUGCUGCGACUGUUAUUGUAAAUCCGUUGACUGCCUUGAGAAUGCUUGAGGACUUUAUUGCAUUAAAAUCAGGGGACACUAUUGUGCAAAAUGGUGCUACAAGCAUAGUGGGGCAAUGUGUUAUUCAACUAGCUCGACUUCGUGGGAUUCAUAGCAUCAAUAUCAUUAGAGACAGGGCAGGAUCAGAUGAAGCAAAAGCCCAUCUCAAGCAACUAGGUGCUGAUGAAGUGUAUACUGAAAGCCAACUGGAAGUGAAGAAUGUCAGAGGUCUUCUGGGCAAUAUACCUGAACCUGUUUUAGGCUUUAAUUGUGUUGGUGGCAAUGCUGCUUCAUUGAUCCUAAAAUUCCUGAAGCAGGGUGGCACUAUGGUGACAUAUGGGGGAAUGUCAAAGAAACCGAUAACUGUAUCUACUUCGGCUUUUAUAUUCAAGGAGCUUACCUUGACAGGAUUCUGGCUACAGAGGUGGAUGAGUUCAGACAAAGCUGAAGAGCGCCAAUCCAUGAUAGACUAUCUUUUGGGCCUAUGUCGAGAUGGAAAAUUGAAAUACGAGUUGGAAGUAGCACCUUUUGAUGAUUUUCAUACAGCUCUGGAAAAGGCAAUGGGAAAGCGAGGAAGACAACCCAAACAAGUUCUUAAAUUCUAAGUCAUUGGUACUUAACAUAACUCUAAUUUGAGUGCUGUAAUCAUAAGCUGUGUACCUGUAUUAGCCUACAUUGUUAUUGUUGAGGUCCUCCAGAGUCCAGAUACAAAAAAAAAAGUGUUGCAAGGCAUGGAAAUUGAUGUCAUCGCUGAUAGUCGUAUUGGCAGAGAGUUUGAGCUCUUUGUUACUGCAGACCUUUUUUGUUAGAUCAAGCCAGUUAAGGUAAAUGUAUCCUGAAAAAUAAAAAGACAAUCGGCAGUGCCACUCGUUGUGGCAUUUAUUCUCCUUUCUCAAAAGAGGUUCAAUUCAGAAUUCCUGUGUGCAUCAUUUGGCCAACAACCUUCAACCUGUUGCCUUACCAAACUUCUCAAUGUGAAUUUUGACGAUUCACUGCCACUGUAAGGAUUUUUUAUUUAGCAUUCAUGUUUAAUACAAAAUGAGACAUGGUUCGGGCAUGUGAAGACGAGAGGAGUGGAUGCCUCAAAUUGAAGUGGUGCUCCUUUUUUCA